CUAUGAUUCCAUGAUAAUUGAAGUAAUAACUUGUUUAAACAAGUCAAUUUCAUGAAACUUUUUGAAGGUGAGAACUGAAAAAAUAAUGUCCAUAUUUUAGUUGUCAACAAGUUUCGUAAAAUAACAAUUUAGUCAGUUUAAUCGAAUAUAAUUAGGUUUGACUCAAGAAGUGUGAGCAUAGCUAUGUAUCAGCGGUCUAUUGGAAGUGCAUUUAACGGAAAAAUACAAGAAAUACCCGGUGUAUGGGUAGAUAAUUUCGAAAAUGUGACAUCAGCGAAACCACGGGCAUAUUUUCUAAGCCAUUGCCAUUCAGAUCACAUGCAGGGGUUGCAUUCAAUUACCUUACUCGAUUAUUUGACUAAACAUAAUGUAUAUAUUUACACUACGGAUUUAUCUGCUGCUAUAAUAGACGACGAAAAAAGAGACCCGAGGAUUAUGGAAUAUGUGAAGGUUCUGAAAUUAGGUUCAUCGCUCAUUACGUUACCGAGCAUAGAGGACGAAGCAGAGAUAUUAGUAACGGUAACCCUGAUCCCAGCUGGACACAGCGCUGGCGCUGUAAUGUUUCUGUUCCAAACUGUAUCCUAUACAGUUUUGUUUACAGGCGAUUUUCGCAUCAACACCUCCGACGUACGCAAAUACGCCGCGUUGCAUGCGAACGGUGUUCCGAUCAAAAUCAACGCAAUGUACGUAGAUACGACUUUUAUUGAUUACGCAUACGAGGAUUUCCCGAAACGAUCGGAGAGUGUUGACGUACUGCUGCGAGAGUUGGACCAAUGGUUGAACAAUGGGACAGUCAAUAGAGGUGUAGCAUUGCACACAUCCGCAAAGUAUGGAUACGAAUUUGUUUUCAACGAGAUUUAUAAACGACUAGGCGUGAAGGUCUAUGUGGAUGAGGAUCGAUGGAAGUUUUACAGAUUGAUACCUCAUUUGGUGCCUGGUGUAACAAAUGAUUCAAAGCAUACAAAAAUACAUUUAUGCACGAAACGCACGGAAAAUAACCAUAUAACAUGCAUACCAAACAACUACCCUCAAUUUUUAUAUGUACACCUAUCUGCUAUGAAAUGGACUAAUUAUUCACCAAAUUUAAAAUCAGUCGUGCACGUGACGCAGACGCGGAUGGACGUGUGUUUCGCAACGCACUGCAGCCGGAGUGAGCUUAUGUAUUUUGUGAAUUAUUUUUCACCCGAUAAAAUCGUUGGGUUUCCCAAUCCGUUUGUCGAUAGGCGUGGGGUCAAAAGAAAGAUCGUCAAGGCUUGCGACGGUCAGACGGAGAUACGGGAAAAGAAAUUGGACAAAGGUCUAUUAAAGGAAAUUUUUGGAUGACAUUUCUUUAUACAUUUCUGGUGUAAAAUUACAGAAUGAAUGAAUUGAUUGUUUUUAAGGACGAGACGCGUUUUUGUACUAAAGUACAGAUUUCAUGAGGUUUCGAAUUAUGCUUUUUUUGGUAGGACAACAUACGUUGAUCUUUAAUCUUCUGAACCUUAUGAUGGUGAAAAAUCCACUUGCAAGUAUUGGAAACCUUAUCACCAUAGAAAUGUCAUUGUCGGCAAUGGUGCUGGUGGGUCGCCUGAUGAUAGCUGCCUGCUUUUAACGGGUAAAGAAAAAGGAAAGAUUGGAAAGAAGGAAUGGACUGAGACGGGUGAGGAAAAAGCAAUGGUCCUCUGAUUAAAUUCGAUUUUGAUCAAAUUGAUUUCAAAUAAUUUUUCAGAUUAAAUGUCACGUUUCCAGCGCUUGUUGGAGUGUCUUCUUUGAUGGGUUGUGAAUUUAAUGUUUCCUCUAAGUCGGUUUCAGUCAAGUCUUCAUCUCUUGAUUUCAGCGAUUCCUGAAUGUCACUUGAGUCUGUUUGUUCGAACCCAUUUCGUCUACUCGCAUUUUCGACAAUGUCUGCAUUUAAAGUUAGAAUUUGGGCAGAUUCUUCCUCACUUUCCGCAGCCAGAACAGGCCACAGUUUCCAGCAUGUUUUCAAUGUGUAUGGCUUUAGUUCUUGCAUUGAUUCUUAUGUUUACGAUCCAUUUUAGUAUAUCAAAUAUAUUCCAUCAGUUCAUAACAUUCACAGUGCCGGUUUUAGCACUUGCAGCGCUGAGGGCAAGAUUUCUUCAGCGCCACCUAACUGCUAUUCAAUUAGGUAGAAAAAACGCAAUGGGUAGAAUGAAAUAACCAUCUAU